AAAAAAAAAACUCGGUUUUCUCUUUCUUUCGUUUUUUUUUAUUUCUUUUGAACAUGCCUAUUCAACCUAGAACAGCUGCAUUGAUUACUGCCGGUGUCGCAGUUACUGCCGGUAUUGGCUACUUGGUCUAUUUUGACUAUAAGAGACGCAAUGAUCCUACACUUAAGAAAAAAAUCAGUAAGUUUUACAUACCCCCGAAAGAAAAGAAGAAGGCCAAAAAGGAAAUUGAAAAGGCCAAGGAAGCCGUCAAAUCCAAUGCUAUCCAAAUCAUUGAAAAAGCAAACAAUGCCUUCAACCCCGAACAAAAGGAAAAGUAUUUUAUGGAGCAAGUAGCUGCUGGUGAAGCUCUUUGCAAUCAAGGUGAAGCUUAUUAUAAUGAUGCUGUAUUACCAUUCUAUAUGGCCUUAAAGGUUUAUCCUGCACCUAUGGAAUUGAUCAUGAUCUAUCAAAAGACCAUUCCUGAACCUGUAUUCCAAAUGGUCAUUAAUGUCAUGGCUGUUGAUCAACAAAAACGUCAAAACUUGUUUUAUGAAAAAUUCCCUCCUAAAGAAACACAUGUCAAAUUGUCUGAAUUGCCUGCUGGUGUCAAUGAAGAAGGUACACCUGUUGUUCGCCGUUCUCUUACAGCAGACAAGGACAUUGCUGAAGGCGAAACCAUCUACUCUGAACGUCCUCUUGUGUCUGCCUUAUUCCCUGAAUUAGAAGGAUCUCACUGUAACUUUUGUUUGAAGUCUCUUUCUGAUGACAAUAAGGUUGAAUGCUCUACUUGUGAUUUGGUUGCUUUCUGUAGUCAAUCUUGUCGUGAAGAUGCUAAUGAGGAAUACCACAAGUAUCUUUGUUCCCACAACAAAUCAACUGAAAUCAAGGAAGCUGAUGAAGCUGAUGAAAAAAAUGUUGCUUUGGAAUUUUUCACUACAUCCAAGACCAACAACACUAAAUAUCCUUAUAUGAUCGCUCGCUUUUUGUCUGCUAUGGUUGUUGAAGAAUUGAAUAAGCAAAAAGAACCUACUUCCAAUGAACCCACUUUUGGUGCCUGGGAUCAUGUUGAUCGUUUUAGAUACUUGGAAACCAAGCCUAGCGAAGAAUCCAAGGCUGAAAUCGACAUGUUGAAACAAGUCUUGGGUCCUAAAGUACAAGGUAUCAGCGAAUUCUUGUCCGAAGAAAUUUAUUUGAUGCUCAAAGGCAAAUUACUUUAUAAUGCCUAUGCUAUCCCUGCUACUACUGAAGUCAGUUUGAGUGAAUCAAAAGAACACAUGAGAUCUACUGAUGCUGAUGCUAAAUAUAUUGCUGCUGGUCUUUACAAGAUUUCUACAUACAUUGGCCAAUCUGAAGAUAAGCCUAAUGUCAGACUGUCUUUUGAUCAUGAUACUCUUUCUGUCAUUGCUACCAAGGACAUCAAGAAGGAUGAAGAACUCUUGGCUUCGUAUACUUUGCCUGUUCCUAAAAAGGAUGAAUAAAUAAAAUAGACUUUUUAAACUCAAGGUGGUCGAUCUUUUCAUUGAUUGUCCUACAAUAACAUAAAUUACAAACUGUUCUUUACUAAAUAAAUACGCACGUCAUCAUGCAAUGUA